AUGGCGAUCCAUUACGUCGAACAGAAUGGCUCUGAGCCUAGUAUUUCUGGGCACAGUGCCCCGGAACCCAUUAUCACAAAGCAAGAUGUCGAUGACCAUUCAGCCUCAGAUUCUAGUGUCCCCGAAUCUAGUAGCUCAGUGCCAAGUACCCCGGAACAAACCGUUGCCGAGUCAGCGAAGUCAGUCAAGCCAGUCAAGCCAGCCGACAUAAAAACGCCGGCUCCACGUGCGGACCGAUUGAAUCAAACUCCAACCAAAGGAAAUGCACAGGGCCUCUUUCUUCCCGACUGUUGUGUCUUUGUAGGAAACCUCUCAAUCAAGGUUGCUCCUGAAAAGUUGGAAGAAGAUCUUACAGAGAUGAUCUCUGUCUUUGGCCGAUGUCAUGUUAAGAUCAAAAUGUCACAGGGGAUGAAGAAACUACCUGUUGGCUUUGUACAAUUUGAGAACACCAAAUCAGCAAAUGCUGCAUUGAAACAAAAUAAAACCCUGAUGCUACAUAAUCGGGUGUUGAGAUUGGAAUCAUCCAAGGCUAAACGAACUGCCAAUUUCGGUUAUCUCUCUGAUGCUCCCAUCAAACAAUCCGAAGUCUCUGAUGCCCUGAAAGGACUUGGUAGUCUUGAGGGCAUAAGUGUUCAACACUUUGUCACCGCAGAAGGAAAAGAGUCGACCUUUGGCGUUGUCACUUUCGCAUACCCUGACGAUUACGCAGAUGCCCUCCAGGCAAGUCGGCUGUCCAAUUUCGCUCUGACUCUACUGACCACUUGUUUCUUCUAG